AUGCUCGGGUUAAGUAGAAACGGCCUGCGGUCACUUGCAAGGAGACGUGGACUAUCUUCUGCUGCUGCUCAAACUACAAAAAACACAGCGACACCACCACCACUUAAACAACAACAAGAACAGUCAAAUGAUGGGCGUAAAAACUUUAUGAACAAAACUGGCAAACCAUUUAUCACCACAACAUCUGCAGAGCAAAUAAAGCUUCAGAAGAAGUAUCAGGAGGGUUUGGAGAGCAAUAAGUUGGAAACACUUCAUGAAGCAGUUGAAUACAUUGAAUGGCGCGGCACUGUUUUCCCGCAGACCGUAUCCAAAAUUAUCGGAUUACUCGAGCGUGCCGCUGAUCUCUCCACUCUUUCUGAUCGUCAAUUGGCAGUUCUUUUAUCGAUCUUCGGCUCAACUUGUGACACAUUGUCCCGUUCACUUCGUGCUCAAAAUUUGGAGAAAGUUGAAUCAAUUCUACGAGAAAAAGGAGUUGUGUUGGGUCUCUUAUCUCGAAAUCAGUUGAUCGAAGCAAAAGUUGAUAAUCGCAGUCGUGUGGAUGCAGUUGAAGAGCUUGGAAAAUUUGAAGAAUCUGGUAUCGAACUCGAUGGAAAAUCCUAUGCUCUUUUAUGCGAAGUUUAUGCGAAACAAGCAAACACAAAAGCUAUCACAGACAUCAUCUCUCACAUGAAGUCCAGUGGAAUUCCAUUGACAGAAGAUCACGUCGCCCAACUUGUCUAUUCAGUCGCCAGAGGAGGAAACUAUGAACAUGUUGGUCGAGUUGUUGAUACAUUCUCUACUUCAAUGAAUGUUGUCCGUCUACGAUGCGCUGCAGCAAGAGCUAUCGCAGAACGCGAAAAAAACGAGCAAGGAAGAGGUGGUUUUGAAGUUACCGAAAUGAUAAGAGCUAUUCCUACAACUGCAAAGCUUCAUUCCCUCGAAAAUAAUGCAUACGUACUCAAUGUUUUCAUGGAUCUAAUUGAAAAUGGACAAUUUGAUGCUUUUAAUCUUCUUUCGUCUUAUUUGAUCGUCGCCGAAUCAGGAUCUACUCUUGGAGACAAUAAAUUGAAUUUACCUGUUGUUGCUCGCGCAAAAAGUCUUCUCAGUGAAGGGAGUCUCGAAGAAGCAAUUGCUCUUUAUUCAUGCAUUCAUCCAUCAUAUUCCAAUGAAUUCUUUGUUCAAAAACUAAAUCGUCAACUGGAGGAAGAACUCAAAAGUAUAACAACAUCCCAUGAUCUUCAAAAUUAUCUGAAAGUUGUAACGCUAGCUGAAAAUAAAGGGCUUAUCACUUCAGCAAACGAAUUCCUCAUCACAGUUUGUGCUAAGAAUCAAGUUCCCUUAUUCGUAGACGUUUUCGAUCAUGUUCAACAAGCAGGAGAUAUCCGUAACAUUUUCGGACAGAAUCCUAACCUGAAACGAUCAAUUGGACGCCAACUAGCUCAACAUUUGAUCAAAACCGCAUCACCAUCCGAAAAAGCUGCGUUGAUUGCAAAAGUUGCAUCUGUUAUGUUUGCUCCAUCAACAAGAGAAACGCCGGAAGAUUCUCAUGGGGUUUUCCAGAUUAUGUAUAAAAUUGUUAGUAAAGACGUUAAAUUGGUUUUACCAGCCCUUGAUCUGAUGACAAACACCGUCUGGCACGAGAAACGAGAAUUUGGAACCGCAAUUGUUCAUCAAUUACUACACUCUGACAAAGAAGAUCAUUUAGCAAUUGAAAAGCUUCGUGUUCUUCUCGAAUCUAACAAACUUGGCCAACUUACAGUUUUCCGUCUUCAUGGACUUCUUACCAGAUUCCUGAUGGCCGACAAAGAAAAUCGUCUGAAGUUGGUUGCUAGAAUCCUUGCGCUAGAUUUCCCACCAGAGGCCGCUAGAACUUCUUUGAAGUUCGGAGGACGAAAUCUCGCAAAAUUCUUAUCUAAUGAAAUGAUCACUCUGGAUAUGGCAGCGAAAAUUGUUCAGUUAUUAGAAGAUGAUCCACGAGUGCAAUUGAAUAAUGAAGAACUCACCGAUGCUAGGAAUGUACUCAAAUCGUCACCAGAAAAAGCGGAACUGCUAGGAAAGCUUCGUAAAAGUGCAACAAUGCAAAGAUGGAGAGCCACCGACGUUAAUGAGUUACUAAAAGAACUCUCUAAUUUCUCAAACGAUGUCAAGGAGGUAGUUGUAUUAUCAUUGAAACGAGUUAUUCUUCAAAAAGCUCUCACCGAACAAAAUGAUGAUCUAGACUUUUUGGUGAAUGUGCUGGAACAUUCGAUAGAAUGGAAAAAGGAUAAUUGCCCAGGAUAUCUGAAAACGUUGUGCAAGAAUCUUGAGUCGAAGACACUAUCAAAAGCAGUUUCUGAGAACAAUAUGGUUCUUGCUGAUCGAAUUUGGCAGAUGAGAUCAGGUCAUCCGACAGCCGAUGUUCUACUUUCAUAUGCUUCACGUCUUUUUGUUAAUGGACAGGUUGAACGUGCAGAUGAAGUAUGCGAAGAAUUGAGGAACAGUUCUCAAAUUAUCCGACCUCAAACUUUGGAGAAAAUGGGACGGCGGUUGAAGGGAGUCGAGUCUGGAAAAAUGAAUGAAUUGGCUGGAUACCUCAAGAAGAGUUUCAAUUUACGCGAAAAUGAUGCACGUAGAGUGGUGUUGCAGGCGAAGACGGAUCAAUUAAAUCAACUGAUUGAAAGAAACGACUUGCCAGGAGCUCUUCGUAUGGCUGUCGAAGAAACAAAUGCUAGUAAUCGUGCUUUUGGGCAAGUUCCUAUUAUGAUUGAAGCAAUCAAACGAAACGACCGUCAAACAUUGGAAAGUGUGCACACAAUGGUUAGAUCUGCUCACAGUUCUGAUAUGGCCAAUGUGAAUCUUGCUUACGCACUUAUUCAUUCCAACAACAUGCAACGCGCCCGGAGUCUUAUUGAACGUCAGAAUUUAAACAUCGAAAGCCGUGUUCUUCAAUACUUUACCACAUUGGCGUCUGCUUCGGAGAAUCCAAGAUUAUUGAAAGAUAUGUUCAUUGUUUUCAACGGACGUGCAUCUACAUUGGAUCUCAAUAACUUAUUAGAACUGGCAACAAGAAAAUUAUGGAACAUCAACGAUAUUGAAUCACUGCAAGAGCUCUCGAAUGAAAUCGAGACAACAUCAUUCCCUCUUCAGAACAAACUUCGCACAUUCUUUGACGAUAUUAAAGACAAACACUCAUCUUCACCAUCAGACCAGUUCGACUGAAGACUUUCGCCGUCGUCUAGAAAAAUUUGAAAACGGGCAGCAUUUGAAAUUAUUCAGAAGAAAAUUUCGGUUUUUUAGAAUUUUUUUAGUAGGAUUAGUGGUAGAUUCAAAUUGUUUUUUUCUUUAUGAUUCUUGUUUUUUUUUCAAAUUGUUGUUCUUCAAAUUAAUUAUCAUUUUCAAUAAAUUAAAAGUG